AUGUCAGAGAUUGUUGAGAAGGAGUGCAAGAUGGAAGUUGACGAAUCUUGUGUGGCAAAUAACGGGAACGGGAAAGUGGCGACACAAUCGAGAGUGGGCAAGAAGGAUAUCAAGAAGAAGAAGAAGAAGGAUAGAUGUUGUUUCGAGAAGUGCAACAGUGCGGCGGUGAAGUUUAUUGGGGACUGUAACUUUUGUGAGGGUCAUUUUUGUUCGAAGCACCGUCUUUUGGAAAAUCAUCAGUGCCAGGGUUUGAAGUCAUGCAAGGACCAGAUGCACCAGAGAAAUGCGGAUAAACUUCACAAGGAGCAGCCUAUCAUACCCAAGAUUCACAUCUGA